ACUGGAUACCGGUGGAGCCCGAACAAGCGCGCGGCUGGCUUCUCCCGAGUUGAUGGCUGGAGCGAGGGAUGGAGGGGGUGCCGGGGCGCAGCCGCUGCGGCGCGGCGUCACGCUGGCGGAGCAGCUCGCCGCAUCGUCCAACCUCCGCAACCUCCUGAAGCUCCGCGACGACGGCGAAAGCGACGGCCGCCUCGCCGCGGCGGGGAGGCGCCGCACGCUCCUCGACGUCAUCCGCGGCGCCGACGACGACCGCCCUCCCACCGUCGCCUCCGGCCGCCGCAGCGUCCGCCCCGCGCUAGGAGGCACGGGCGGUACGGCCACCGCGGCGUCGACGGCGGCCGCACGAGGGGAGAGGGUGUCGCUGAUGGCGCUGCUGGAGCGGACGGAGCAGCAGUUGCCGGCCUGCGCCGGCGGCGGGCAGUGGAAGCGCGUGGAUGUGGAGGAGGAGGAGGAAGCGGAGAAGGGCGGGGGCGGGGGCGUGGGCGCGCGGUGCUGCGUGUGCGUGGCGCGGGGCAAGGGCGCGGCCUUCAUCCCCUGCGGCCACACCUUCUGCCGCGCCUGCGCUCGCGAGCUCCGCGCCGGCCGCGGCCGCUGCCCGCUCUGCAACGCCGCCAUCCGCGAGGUCCUCAACCUCUUCUGACCUCCCCUCCUGCAUUGCUCCCUUCGCCGCCGCAGCCGGUGACGGCGGUUCUCUCUGCAAGAACCGAUCUUUUCCACGUUUUUCGCAUCGGUUGGUGACGGAUUGCUGCUCGAAGCUGGAAUCCAGCCAUCCUUCCAUUAGAGAAAGCAUUCCGUGUAGAUAAAAUUUCUGUUUUUGUUCUUGCCCUGUUUCUCGUUUCUUCUUCUUGGAACUGAAAAGAUUCAACAAAACACAUCAUCAAUUAUCAUCA